AUGAGAGUCAUCGCCAGUGCCGUUGCCGUGGCGGCUGUUGUCAGCGCCACCCCCUCCUUCUCAUCCGAGACCAUCCACCGAGAUGCCGCCCCCAUCCUCUCGUCCUCCAACGCCGAGGCCAUUCCCGACUCGUACAUCGUCAAGUUCAAGGACCAUGUGAGCGAGUCGUCCGCCUCGGACCACCACUCGUGGGUCCAGAAGAUCCACGACUCCAAGGGCGCCGAGCGCCUUGAGCUGCGCAAGCGCGGCCAGGAGCCUCUUGUCGAGACGACCUUUGAGGGUCUCAAGCACACCUACACCCUCGGUGGCUUCCUCGGCUACUCUGGCCACUUUGACGAGGCCACCAUUGAGGAGGUCCGCAAGCACGCCGACGUCGAGUUUGUCGAGAAGGACUCGAUUGUCCACACCAUGGUCCCCGUCCAGACGGAGGCCCAGACCGAGGACAAGUGCGACGGCGAGGUCGAGAAGUCGGCCCCCUGGGGUCUCGCUCGUGUCUCGCACCGUGAGAGCCUGAACUUUGGUAACUAUAACAAGUACCUGUUCGCCGACAACGCUGGCGAGGGUGUCGAUGCCUACAUCAUCGACACCGGCACCAACGUCGACCACGUCGACUUUGAGGGCCGCGCCAAGUGGGGCAAGACCAUCCCUCAGGGUGACGAGGAUGUCGACGGCAACGGCCACGGCACGCACUGCUCGGGUACCGUCGCUGGUUCCAAGUAUGGUGUGGCCAAGAAGGCCCACGUCUACGCCGUCAAGGUCCUCCGCUCCAACGGCUCCGGCACCAUGUCCGACGUCGUCAAGGGCGUCGAGUGGGCUGCCCAGUCUCACCUCGAGCAGGUGAAGAAGGCCAAGGACGGUAAGCGCAAGGGCUUCAAGGGCUCUGUCGCCAACAUGUCUCUCGGUGGUGGCAAGACCACUGCCCUCGACCGCGUCGUUGAUGCCGCCGUCGAGGCCGGCAUUCACUUCGCCGUCGCCGCCGGCAACGACAACGCUGAUGCUUGCAACUACUCGCCCGCUGCCGCCGCCCAGGCCGUUACUGUCGGUGCCACCGAGCUCGGCGACGCCCGCUCGUACUUCUCCAACUACGGCAAGUGCACUGACAUCUUCGCCCCUGGCACCAACAUUCUGUCCACCUGGAUCGGCUCCAAGUACGCCACCAACACCAUCUCCGGCACCUCCAUGGCCUCGCCUCACAUCUGCGGCCUCCUCGCCUACUACCUGUCUCUCCAGCCUGCCACCGACUCGGAGUACUCUGUCGCGCCCAUCACCCCCAAGAAGCUCAAGGCCAACCUGAUCGCCGUCGGCACCAUUGGCGCCCUCUCCGGCAUCCCCAGCGACACCCCCAACAUCCUCGCCUGGAACGGCGGUGGCUGCAACAACUACUCUGCUAUUGUCGCCAAGGGCAGCUACACUGCCAAGGGUGCCGCCAAGAAGACUACCUUCAACUCUGUUGUCGAGGAUGUCGAGGAGGUCAUUCAGAAGGAUUUCGAGGUCGUCGCCGACAAGGCCAAGAAGUUCUCCUCCAAGUUCCACAAGAUUGAGGAGGAGCUCAAGGAGCUUCUCGACGAGGUCUCCCUGUAA